GUCUAGAGUAUUCCUAUUACGUGUACUGGAUUACUGGACAGUAAACACCUUUGUAGCCUUGUACUCCGUAAAACAUUUAUCAGUUAUCUACUGCCGCCGAGCCGUUACAUACAAGCGGCAUUUUUCACACCGAAACCCUAAUCGGAAGAUCAUUCAAAUCACCGACGAAAUGGGAGUCGAGAAGGAACUUGUGAGGGCAGGUACCGGUCCCAAGCCAGUUCGUGGUCAGACCGUCACCGUCCACUGCACCGGCUACGGCAAAAAUGGAGAUCUUUCUCAGAAAUUCUGGAGCACAAAAGAUCCUGGGCAAAAGCCUUUUACUUUUCAAAUUGGUCAGGGACAAGUUAUCAAAGGGUGGGAUGAAGGUGUCUUGGACAUGCAAGUAGGAGAAUUAGCUUUGUUAAAGUGCACUCCCGACUAUGCCUAUGGUGCUGGGGGAUUUCCAGCUUGGGGUAUACAGCCCAAUUCGCAUCUCAACUUUGAGAUUGAAGUCCUGCGUGUUGAAUAAUCCUAGCAGUUGAAAAUCUCAUCACCUUCUUCACUCUUUACUCUUUAUUAUCAUGUACAAUGCAAAUCUGACUGCCACCUUUUCUUCAUGCUCUAUCAUAAAUUACCUUUGUUAAGACAGAAACUUCCUGCAUAAAUGGGAGUUUAUCAAUUAUCAUACACGUGUUUACUUGGGUUGGGUAUAAUUCAUAAUUAAGCUAUGUUGCGGUUAU